GAGGGGGAAAUGGCGGCUCCAGGAGAGAGCGGGGCUUCGGCUGGCGGAGGGAGCACUGAGGAAGCAUUUAUGACCUUCUACAGUGAGGUCAAACAAAUAGAGAAGAGAGAUUCAGUUCUAACAUCCAAAAAUCAGAUUGAAAGAUUGACCCGUCCUGGUUCCUCCUACUUCAAUUUGAACCCAUUUGAGGUUCUUCAGAUAGAUCCUGAAGUGACAGAUGAAGAAAUAAAAAAGAGGUUUCGACAGUUAUCCAUAUUGGUGCAUCCUGACAAAAACCAAGAUGAUGCUGACAGAGCACAAAAGGCUUUUGAAGCUGUGGACAAAGCUUACAAGUUGCUACUGGAUCAGGAACAAAAGAAGAGGGCCCUGGAUGUAAUUCAGGCAGGAAAAGAAUACGUGGAACACACUGUGAAAGAGCGAAAAAAGCAAUUAAAGAAGGAAGGAAAACCUACAAAUGUGGAGGAGGAUGAUCCUGAGCUGUUCAAACAAGCAGUAUAUAAACAGACCAUGAAACUCUUUGCUGAGCUGGAAAUUAAAAGGAAAGAGAGAGAAGCCAAAGAGAUGCACGAAAGGAAGCGACAAAGGGAAGAAGAGAUUGAAGCUCAAGAAAAAGCCAAACGAGAAAGGGAGUGGCAGAAAAACUUUGAGGAAAGUCGAGAUGGUCGUGUGGACAGCUGGCGGAACUUCCAAGCAAAUACAAAGGGGAAGAAAGAGAAGAAAAAUCGGACCUUCCUGAGACCACCGAAAGUAAAAAUGGAGCAGCGUGAGUGACCACCUAGGGUCGCGGCCACAGAACCUUCCCCCGACUGUCUCCCCUCCUGCUUCGAAGGACUCAUUCUCUCUUCCCAUUUCCACCCCAACAUAGAAUAGUAGUUGCUUUUUAGUCCAUUUUGUUUUCAAUACAAUUUAAUAUCGAUCAGAGUAAUUCUUUUGUACAUUGAAAUGAGGGGCUCAGUUUAAAAUGAAACCUUACCCCACCCCCACCCCUAGACCAACCAGGAUUGGAAGGUGCCACCAUGGGUGCCGCCUUCUCUUCCCACAGCCCGUAACUUAAUGUUUUGUACUUCACUGAAUUGUGAUGGUUAGAAACCUCGUGUAUAGUUUGUGGAAAUCAUCCAAUUAAACAUAUUGCUUAAAAAAAAAA